GAGAGAGAGAAAAUCACAACACAGGCAGAUAGACAGCAACAGAAGCGAAGCGGGGAUUUGAGAUAGGACCAAAUAGACUGAAGAGGGAGUUGGCGAUUGAGAAAGUGAGAGAGAUAGGGUCAAUACACCGGGCGAAACGGGGACAUAUUGAUUUGAUGAAUAUUGCGUCAAAAUCGGUUAGAAUAACUCUCUGUGUUCCCUGAGUGACGGAAAGAGAGAUAACACACGCACGCACACACACACACCGUCCGGAGUCCGAAAAUGGAGGGCAUGGCAUAUGGAGCUGGGAAGGCUGGAGGUGCUUUCAACCCUAUAACGUUCUUCCAGCAGCCACACACCAUCCUCCGGAUCCUCUCUUGGUUUUUCUCUAUUGUGAUCUUUGGUUCUAUAGCCAACGAGGGUUACGUGAACCGACCGGACGAGGCCCAGGAGUUCUGUAUUUUCAACAGGAACCAGAAUGCGUGUAACUAUGGACUGUUCAUGGGAACCUUGGCCUUUCUCUGCUGUCUGGUCUUCCUGGCCCUGGAUGUCUACUUCCCACAGAUCAGCUCCGUCAAGGACCGCAAGAAGGCUGUACUGGCAGACGUAGGGGUUUCAGCAUUCUGGUCCUUCAUGUGGUUCGUGGGGUUCUGUUUCCUGACCAACCAAUGGCAGGUGGCGAAGCAGGAGGACAACCCCCUGAGGGAGGGAGGGGAUGCCGCUCGUGCUGCUAUCACCUUCUCCUUCUUCUCCAUAUUCACCUGGGCGGCCCAGUCCUUUUUCGGCUAUCAGAGGUACCAGCUGGGGGCAGACUCUGCUCUCUUCUCCCAGGACUACAUAGACCCCAGCCUGGAUGCUGUGGCGGCCGGGGACCCCUACACCUCCUUCACGGCCGGGGGGGACGAUCUGGGACAAGGAGCCCCUGUGGGGGGGUCCUCCUAUCAGGGGAUGAACGGCGAGGGUGGUGGGGGGUACCAGGAGUACUGAUGGAGGAAAGUGGGGAUGAAAGGAGGAUGGGGGAGUAGAGGGGGGUGGGGCAUUGGAAGUUUGAAGGGUAGGGAGCGGGAAGGAGUGAAAAAUGAAGGAGGCGUGGAGGGGGAGGACCAGGGGGAUGGAGGAAGGGGGAGUGGUUGGAGGGAUGGAUGAUGGAGGGGGAGGAGUCCAGAUAAGUGUGUGUAUAACUGACUUAUAACAGACUUACAUUCAUUAGUUGGACCAAAGCAUAGUUCUAAGGCUGUAGCGAGAAGGCAAAGCUAUUGUGGUGUAGAUAGUUCAUCACAGCUACUACCAAAAGAGAUCUCUUCAUCACAUAUAUUUUUUUAUAGUUAGAAAAUGAGAAAUCCCAAGUUUCAGUGUACAUAAGAAUGCUUAAUAGAUGUUCAUGUUUUUCAUGUAUCAUUGGACAAAACAUGCCUCUAAGUAUACUGUAUAUUGAAACUAAUCUCUGACAAACUAAUCUAGUUUGACAGUCGACCGACCGACCAAAUCUGUAAUUUAAUCUACCGGUAUGGGGGUGUUCA